AUGCGGGAGCAAAAUAAUUCGCUACCGAUCUGCCAAACCACGGGAUCAGAUUUAGGCACAACCCAACAUAGGUUUAUAUGGGCGUUGGCCCAAUGCGGGUUCUCUUGCGCGAAAGCCCAACACGAGCUCAGAUUGGGGUCGAUUGGCCCAAUGCGGGUUCUCUUGCACGAAAGCCCAACACGAGCUCAGAUUGGGGUCGAUCCAAUAUGGGUUCAUAUACGCAUAAGCCCAACGUGA